AAAUUUUGGAAAAAAUAAAUACAAAGAAACAUUAUGGCUAAUAAAUUUAUGAAUAAAGAUUCUAUCUAUCUUUAUUUCUAGUGAAGUCUCCUUUAUGACGAGAUAAAAAUCCAAAAUGUUGUUUUACUCUUUCUUCAAAUCUUUAGUUGGUAAGGAUGUGGUUGUGGAACUAAAGAAUGAUUUGAGCAUAUGUGGUACAUUACAUUCAGUAGAUCAGUUCCUGAAUAUUAAAUUAACAGACAUACAGGUCACAGAUCCAGAUAAAUAUCCACAUAUGUUAUCAGUGAAGAAUUGUUUUAUUAGAGGUUCAGUAGUCAGAUAUGUACAGUUACCUGCAGAUGAAUGUGAUACACAAUUGUUACAAGAUGCAGCAAGAAAAGAGGCUGCUCAGAACAGACAGAGAUGAACUAACAGUUUUAUCAUUGGUGCAAUAACUAUGUAACAUUGUUUUUUAUUGGAUUGGAAUGAACAGGAGCAAUUCCAUCAGAAGUCCUGUGCCAGAGUUCCGAAAAUUUGUGAUGCAACUAUUUGUUAAACAUAUUUUUUUAAGGAGCUGUAUUGACGACUGUGUUGAUAGAAAAGAUGUAUUUUGUAGAAACAUAGGGCAACAUGUCUGGUUUUGAAACCAGAUAUGCUUUGCAUCUUGAAUAUAAUCAUUGACAAGCAUAAAGGUGUAAAAAAAAAUGCCAUUUCAUAAAUCAUUAUCGUUUUUUUUUUCUAGAGAAUGAAUCUCCUAUUUCAACAUUGGUCACAGUAUUUUCUUUUUCUUUUGUAAUUUGUAAGUAGGUAGAAAUCACUCAACCUAUGCCAACAUUUUCAAAUUUAAGGAUUCUAUGUUGGUGUAAAUUUUGUACUGCACGAACAUCCUUUAGUUAUUUUUUACUUUAUUAUUUUUUAAAAGCAUUUCAUCAACUUGUUGCCAGUUUUAAAUCCUUAUAAAUGAUAUUUUUGUAAUUGAUAAACGUAUUUAAUAGUAAAGAUUUUGUUCAUUAUAUAUUAAGCCAAAUUUCUCUAUAGAACUUUAAAAUUACAAAAUAAGGAAAAGGAAAGAUUUCCUUUGUAUCUUAAAAUGUAUUUUUGAUGAUCAUUCAUUUUCAAAGAUGUAUCAAAAUUCUUAUCAAACAUAAAAUUUUAGUAAAUCUGGUA